CUGCUUAGCCUUCACCAAGAUGAGUGGGAAAUAUGUUACUCUCCUGUACGGUAAAUUGGACAGUAAGCAACACAAUACUGCACUCCCAGUCGCAUUGGACAAUAACCACUGACGAUCCAUACAGGACUGACCUUGCUCGGAUUUAAUCACAUUCUGAUGUUCAUUGGCACGAGCGGGAUCGUAUUGCUAUCGGUCCUACUUGCUGGAUGUUCUUCUUAUGCUACAAUGACCGCGAUAUAUCCUCUCAGCAUUUCUUACCGAAAUGUCAGUGGCAAUGAAGCUUUCUCGCCCAGUGCACAGAAUUUGUCUGCUACCUUGGCGUCUUUCAAGGGAAAUGCUAUGAUGGAGGUACGAAUAGGCUACUUCGGCAUGUGCGCCCGGCAACAAAAUCGCAUUUGGGUAUGCGGGGUGGACGGUCAAGGCAUAAAAGACCAGAUUGGCGCCGAGAAUGACCCUCUUGAUCUCAUUGAUACGGCCACCAGCUUCAAGGACGAUGUACUCUUCUCCGGACUUAUCUUCAUGUCGAUAGUCCUGACUUCUUUUGCUGUGGUUCUUCUAUCCAGGUUUCCAGGCUGGCGUGAGGAGCAAGACGCUUCCACGGGCGAUACAAUCGACGUUAAACAGUUUCCUUCUAGGUCCCUUAGUCAUAUAGCACUGGGAUUCGUGUUUGUAGCCAGUAUGGUUGCACUUAUCAGCGGUCUAUGGCAACAUAUCGGGGCUGUUGCAGCUGCUGCAAUGGCCGAAAGAACUGGAUACGGAAAUGUUAAAGCAAGCAUAGGCACGGUUGCAAUCGUUUUAGCUUGGCUGGGGUUUACAAUGCUUGCAUUAACUUUCAUCGGACUCCUAGUUAUGGUCCUAUCCAUCCACAUUCUGGAUGAAAUGACCAGUGACUAGCAUUAGUGUGAGCUUGAUAGGAUAUAUGUUGUGUACUCGUCCGCUGACCGACUUUCCUUAUUAGCAUUCGAACAGAUCUAUGAAUACUGAUAAAGAUCUAUCUAUAUACGGAACUCUGCAAGACAUUGUAAACAAGUUUCAUCAAUGAACC